CUUUCCUUCUUCUUCUUCUUUGCCCUUUCUCCUGUGAAUCGAAAUCUCUCCUCUACCGAAACCCCACUUUAACCUCUGCCUCCCGCCGCCGGCCAACUCCAACCGCCGGACCAACACCUACCUCCGUUCGUCCUUUUCCGGCGGCAUAGCUAAUUGCGAAGCUUAUUAAAUUUCAAAGUCGGAGAAAAAUAGUCAAGAACUUCAUGGAAGGAGCAGCAGUGGAAGAAACAAAUUCUAAGUCCACAUCACGCCCAAGCGACGGAAGAACUGUGGAAGAAUGCCAAGACAUGAUUAAUAGAAGCCUGAAAAAUCCAACUGUAAAAUUUCUGAGGGAACAUAUGGAGAAGUCUGGGUGCACUUUUGGUGAAAAUUUCAUCAAAGCGGUCAACUGUAAGCGGGAAGUUAGUGGGGGAUAUACUCGCGGAGGAGGGAUAAUUGUAUGUAGUAAUCACAUGAAUCUCCAAGAUGAGGUGAACCAAGUUGUUAUCCAUGAACUUAUCCAUGCAUAUGAUGAUUGCCGAGCUGCAAACUUAGAUUGGACUAAUUGUGCUCAUCAUGCUUGUAGUGAGAUUCGUGCUGGCCAUUUAAGUGGUGAUUGCCACUACAAGCGGGAAUUGCUACGGGGUUUUAUGAAGAUAAGAGGUCAUGAACAAGAAUGUGUGAGGAGAAGAGUGAUGAAGUCUUUGCUGGGAAAUCCUUACUGCCCUGAACCGGCUGCAAGAGAUGCCAUGGAAGCUGUCUGGGACACUUGUUACAACGAUACUAAACCUUUCGAUAGAGCACCAUGAAACAUUUUCAUUUUAUUAUUUUAUUUGUCUCUUUUGAAUGAAUGAAUGAUACAAAAGAAGAUGUGAUAUAUUCAUUUUUAUUUACAUGAAUUAUUAUUAACAUAUGUUCUUGGCUUGGCUGUGGGGGGGAAUAAAAAGUGUUUCUAGAUGCUACAAUGAAAUCAUCAAUAUUUUAUUUUUGAUGUUUGAUUUAAUGUACAAGUUCAAAUUAAAC